GACAGCGCGCGUCUGCCACGACGCAGGAAGGCCGCCUCAUUGGUCCGCGCAGUCGGGCUCCUGAGGCUUUUCUCUUUAGCACUCAGGGCGCUGACCCACUUUUAUUCCUCUAAGUGAGUGCUCGAUUUCUUCCGGCGCCCGGAGCUGCUAGCCUAAAGGCAUCCUGACGGAGCUAGACCGGGCACCAUGACCACCCUUGAUGAUAAGUUGCUGGGGGAGAAACUGCAGUACUACUACAGCAGCAGUGAGGAUGAGGACAGUGACCAUGAGGACAAGGACCGAGGCAGAGGCGCCCCAGCCAGCAGUUCUGUGCCUGUAGAGGCUGAGCUGGCAGGCGAAGGCAUCUCAGUUAACACAGGCCCAAAAGGUGUGAUUAAUGACUGGCGCCGCUUCAAGCAGUUGGAGACAGAGCAGAGGGAGGAGCAGUGCCGGGAGAUGGAAAGGCUGAUCAAGAAGCUAUCAAUGACUUGCAGGUCCCAUCUGGAUGAAGAGGAGGAGCAACAGAAACAGAAGGACCUCCAGGAGAAGAUCAGUGGGAAGAUGACUCUGAAGGAGUUUACCAUGAUGAAUGAGGACCAAGAUGAUGAAGAGUUUCUGCAGCAGUACCGGAAGCAGAGAAUGGAAGAGAUGCGGCAGCAGCUUCACAAGGGGCCCCAAUUCAAGCAGGUUUUCGAGAUCCCCAGUGGAGAAGGGUUUUUAGACAUGAUUGAUAAAGAACAGAAAAGCACUGUCAUCAUGGUUCAUAUUUAUGAGGAUGGCAUUCCGGGGACCGAAGCCAUGAAUGGGUGCAUGAUCUGCCUUGCCACAGAGUACCCAGCUGUCAAGUUCUGCAGAGUGAAGAGCUCAGUUAUUGGCGCCAGCAGUCGCUUCACCAGGAACGCCCUUCCUGCCCUGCUGAUCUAUAAGGGGGGUGAAUUGAUUGGCAAUUUUGUUCGUGUUACUGACCAGCUAGGGGAAGAUUUCUUUGCUGUGGACCUUGAAGCUUUUCUUCAGGAAUUUGGAUUACUCCCAGAAAAGGAAGUCUUGGUGCUGACAUCUGUGCGUAACUCUGCCACCUGUCACAGUGAGGAUAGUGAUCUGGAAAUAGAUUGAACUGAUAGUCUGGUUCCAUAGAUCUCUCAUUGUUUGGGUUGGAAUAUACAUGUCAUUGUUUAUUUUUGUUCCUCCUUUGUCUUCUGGCUUUUCAGCUGUUCUUUGUAGUCCCUUUUAUUUUGUGUAAAACCAAGAGAUUCUUAGAUUAAA